UCUUAUUCCUUAACUUCAAUGUCCAGAUGGGAGUUCAUAUUAGAUGAGGGUUUGUACCUAAGAUAUUUCACAGGCUCGUUAUCGCAUUAUACCGCUUAGAUACUGCCGCUUGCUAGAUUUGUCAAUCGGGGUUGCCGUUUUCUAACUUUCAUCAUCUGCAACGCAUCGGAUUUUCUCUACAAACCACCCACUUUCCUUUACAAACCGGCAACGUUCUUCAGUAACUUUUGUCUGGAAACUGGGAAUUUCUGCCUGCAGAUUGCCAUCGUAUUUCCUCAGAUCGCCGACCUGUUUCUUCACAGCAUCUAACAGAUAUAUACCCCUUAAACCACAUUUUGAACUACCUACAGCAAAAUGCCUCCUAGAGAGAUCCCGGGUUAUUAUUGGGAUAAGGACAAGAAGCGUUACUUCAAGAUUGAACAUCGCAAGACAGCCCCGAGCAAUGCAUCCUGGUCUUCUGAUAGUGUCAAGAGGCGUAAAAUCGAGGAUGUAGAGGCUGCUGAGCACGCCCAUCAAGUUGCGCUGAAUAAGAAGCGCGUUGUUCGUUCCGAGACCCUGGAGCACCCUCUCAUCGGCGGUUUCCUUAAUCGUGAGUUUGGUGUGCCUAGACGCGAUCACAUCGGAACUUCCUUUACGCAUGGCAUGGUUGAGAAGGGCGUUGUUGAGUUCACCUGGGGCCAAGAGCAUACCACGCUCACCCACAUGGUCGUCACCAAUAGAGGCCCUAAAGGACUAUGCAAAGUCUACGCAAGCCCUGAUGGAAGAGUAUGUGAUUCAGCCUAUACCUUGAGAGACAUCGAAUCGGGCAGAAUAGGUCCAAGGUUUCGUGCCCGGUUAUAUGACAAUCAGUUGAACAAUGCACGAGCCCUUCAUCUAGGACCAACCCACGAAGUUGUCCCAUCGCCAAUGGCAAGCAUCGGCUAUAGCAGCAAAUAUGAUGCCACUAUUAUCAUCCCUCGCCAGUUUCAAAGACCUGAUCCUGUCUUCAUUCGCCCCAACACAGAUGUACAAAACGUGCUAGUGAAUAGCCUCAUAACCCGCCAGCCCCCCGUCAAUCCCCUCCGCCAUAUAAAGACCCAGCUUCCUUGGAGCACUAACUAUUCUACAUGCCGGGAUCCUAUUGAAGCCCUUUCGCUAUGCAUAGCCCCAGCCACCAGCCCCGAUCUACUCUGCGUGAUUGGCACGACUCAUGGCCUAGUCUACUACAACGAUCUAGGAUACAUGGCAGUGCCCUUUCCCUUAAGUCACUUCAACCUUAAAGAUCCCAUGGGCCGGCCACCCACCGCCGAUACCUUUGGCAUAACCUUCAAAGAAGAGAACCCUAACAUUCUCUUGUUUGGUGGCCGUCCUGGCCGCUUAUUCACCGGUGACCUACGAUGCGAAUAUCCCAAAUGGACCAACAUCAAGGUGCGCGACACCAUCACCCACGUCAAACAAGUCAGCGAGCACAAAGUCCUGGUUGCCGGCCUACGAAACAUGCUCUGCGUCUUCGACACUCGCUACUGCGCAUCCGAACACCUACAUACAAAACCCAAGACCACAACCAUCCCCUUCCUCCAAAUCGCCGGCUUUAAGAACGGCCCGUACCUCGAUCUUGGGCUGGAUGUGGACAGGGACUCGGGGGUCGUGGCAGCGGCCCACGACGACGGGAAGAUGGCGCUGUACUCGGUGCACACCGGGCGUCGGCUCCCCUGUGCGGAUGUCGAUGGGAUUGCGGCCGGGGGCCCAAUUCACUGUGUGCAGUGGGAGACGUUUGUUGGCGAUAAUACGCCGAGCUUGUUUGUGGGCGCGGAUCACCGCGUCAGGGUUUACUCGUUUGGGGUUAAGGACCCUGACGCGGAAGAAUAAGGCUCUGAGCCUUACGAUUUGUGUUGAGCUGUGUUGGAUUGCGAGGGCCAGUGCCGGUGCCGGUGCCUCCUAAGAGGAGGGUUGUUUCUUUGUUUCUUUGUUUGUUUGUCUGUUUGAAGACCAUCACAGCAUUGCAUGGCGUUGGAAGGCGUUUGAAUUGCUCGACUUAGCUAUUUGCAUAAGUAAUGAAUGAUCGAAUGAAC